CUACUACUACUACUACUACUACUAGAUCGCCCGAUCUGCCCGUCCCGCCGCCCGCUCGUUCUUCCCCCCCACACUUCAUCAGCCUCAAUCCGAUUCCAUCCCUCUCUUCUUUCAUAGCCACAUCCCUGGCGUCGACAGUCGCAACGAAAUAGGGGAAUGCACAUCCAGAUGGAUAAAACCAUCAAGCCACUGUUUCAGCCUUAGACUCAAGCACCAAACAAACAGCGAUCCUUUGCCUGAACCAGCUAGAUACCGUCCAGAACUUCGGGUACCUGCUUGCGAGGCUUGCCCGAUAUCGACUUGACGGACUUGGCGGAUCUUCUGCUGGGUGGUCUGACGGAUGGAAUACUACUUAUACCCCUGAGCGCUUGCUAUUCCUCUGCCCUCUCGACAUCAUGACCACGAGUCUGUUGGAUUUACUGGCCAAAAUGGGGUCGGAUAGGAGUAUGGAUGAACUGGUGGACCUUCGUGCGUUGGAGUACGUCUCCAGCUACGAUGCACAUCUAAUGUGCCCGAUUUGCCAUUGUCCCUUCAUCCGUCCGGUCCGUCUACAGUGCGACCAUGUGUUCUGCCAGACCUGUUUGAAUUCAGCAAUGAAUGCUAUCGACGUCAGCCCGGAGGACUUCACAUGCCCGACUUGCCGUGCUCCGACGAAGGAUAUCUUCAUGAAUGUGCCUCGUCUCCUGAUCAACAUGUGCGACGAUAUACUAGUGAAGUGCCCCUAUUCGGAUGGAGGGUGCAAGGAAACUAUACCGCGGGGUCACGUUCAGUCUCAUGUCGACAAAUACUGCGAGUAUAAACUUAUGCCAUGCCCAAGCUUGACGUGUGACAAGAAGACGAGGAAAAAGAAUAUGAGCCCUGACCACCGAUGUAUGCAUACUAUUCAUCGAUGCGAUCAGUGUGAGGAGGCGGUAAUGGAACAGGAUCUGGAGGAACAUGUCAAUGAACUAUGCCCGAGUCUGAGAACAAACUGCCCAGAUUGCCAUGCAUCUAUUUUCCGAAAUGCCUUGAAGGAGCAUAUUGAUUCUUGUCCGGAAGCUAUUCAUCCUUGUCCAGCAGCGAAAUACGGGUGCCCGGUGAAACUCAAAAGGGCUGAGCUUGGUAUCCACGAGCAGAGUUGUCCGCUCAUCACAAUGGGACCUUACUUCGAAGCGCAGAACUCACGGAUGGACUCAAUGGAAGUGACCAUCAAACAUCUCAAACAGAGGAACGAGAUCCUGGAGGAUGGCAUCGCCAACAUCCAAUCGACAUUGAUGGAGUCAACACGUGCUCCCCCAGAGUCGCGUACCAGAUCAUCAGGAAGAACGAGAAGUGAUUCACCCUCUUCUCCGCAGGAGACAUCAUCAAACAGCACCGUCGAUCGAUCGUCGAAUCUCUCUUCUUCGACGGCAACAACAUAUCUUCUAUCUUUGCAUGAAUCUCUGCGCGAUGAAGUCGCGCAGCUAUCUCACGCCAUUACAGACCUGGACGCUCGUGCGAGCAUGGCCAUUAUGAAUGAGAGCCUUCGGAUCAUGGAGGACAUGGCCCACACCAAUGCUGCGCUCAACAGUGUUCGCAUGCAAGUUCAUUGGUUGAUGAAUCCUCGUCUACACCAAGGACAAAGGUCCUCUAGCGUGUCCCCUGGAACUAGCAGUCAGGCAAGAGCUGUUGGAUUAGGUUCAUCGAGCUCUGGCUCAAGCAGUGCUGCUGGACCCUCCCCCUCUUCGAGGUCGCGGCGAUUGAGCGAUGGAGGAAGGGAAGGCACAAAAUUGUAGCCCUUUCUGUACCAACCGCAAGACGGGUCAUUUCCACGCAUGAAAAUGCGGCCCCAUAUUACGAUAGAAUGGUGACGGCGUUUCGGGGACUGGUCUAUUUUGGGUGGCAGCCUUGGUGGAGUGAUAUUACAGGCGUUCAUUGCAACAUGAUAUCCCUAUAGUUGUUUUUGGUCCCCUCCAUCUUGUUUGGACGAGGAACUUGGACCAAGAUAAUACAGUCUUUUCCUAAUAAUACAUACCUGCAUCUACUUUUGGUCCUCUGAGUUCAGCUGUUGAAAACUAGACACUGCCGCUCGAAUAUACCGAGAACAUAAACAUAGAUGUGUGCAAACCUGAGAGGACUCGUCUCCUGCAUCCAAAAAAUAAUGAACAAGACAUUCCUACCGUCUGGA